AUGGAAUCCGCGAUAAAAAAGGCAAGACAUGAAUUAUUCGAUCUCCCAUCUAGUGAUAUAGCAAUUAAUAAUGAAGAAUCUCAAAAGUUAUAUAGGGAAUCCAUCAAAGCUCAUCCAUUUCAGGACAAUGCACAUAGUAUCGCAGAUAUUUAUGAGAAUUGUGUAUUUCGCGAUGGAAAGGACAAUGUAAUUGGUGUCCUCGUAAAGCGAGGCUUACCAGAGUAUGCAGCCAAGAUGGCAGCAAAUGUGCUUCGUUCAGCAGCCACAAAAACAUCUCUGCGGUCAAAUAUUUAUGGUGGUUCAUCACCAAACAGUGGAAUUGCUGGUUAUUUUGAUUAUCGCGGCUCGCCUAUUGAGUUCAAGUGUCGAAAAACCGUCUUCACAUAUGAAAAUGAGUGCCGAUGGAAAGAUGUGUUUCCUAUGGUGGACUACAUCAGUCAGAUCUAUAAGCACAUUAUGCCGGAUCAAUGGGCCAAACAGGAUGCUGCUAUCCCAGAUAUCACGCGUAUUCACAACUCACCCUUCUCGACAUUGACUAUUAAUUCACGCUUCCGCACCGCAUCUCAUAGGGACACCGGGGACUUUGACGAAGGCUACGGUUGUCUUGCCUGCCUGGAGGGUAAUUUCAAGGGUCUUGCACUUACGCUCGGUGAAUUUAAGGUGAACUUUGUCUUACGUCCACUGGAUGUUUUACUUUUUAAUACGCAUCUCUUGCACUCCAAUACGGAAUCGGAGUUGAUGGACGAUAACUGGACUAGACUGACUUGUGUAUUCUACUACCGUACAUCACUCGGAGAACCUGCAAGUUACGCUGAGUACCAGCGUCGUCUUCAAGCUGCCCUAAAUUCAAAAUGCUCUAAACCACCAGUGGUUCGCUCUAUUGUGGUGAAAAGCAACGGUAGCACUACGUGUAAGCCUUCAAUAUUGAAUCCAUUGUGCUUAACACCAUUUUGGUUCACAACUGUUCUACACUGCUUGUCGCACGCCCGUGACAAAGGUUUUUCUGUCCAUCAAUGGCUAUUAAAGGCUGGUUCUUUUGCUGAAGAACUGCUCUUCGGGGAGCCGCUAUGCGUUUUAGAUGGAAUUCCAGAACGCUCUGAUGACGACUUUGAGCGCGUGCAAUCAUCGGAUUCUUUCUUCAAAGUGCCUGAAACGGGUGGGUUUAAGGAAUCCAAUUUUACCAUGCAAGCGGCUGCCUUGAAUCAAAAGUAUUUGGAAAGAACUCAACUUUCCGAACUAUUGAACCCAGAAUUACUCGAUAUAUGGUUGAAGUCCCGAAAUCAUUGGUUAGAGUUAGUCAAGGAAAUAUGGCUGAAGCUGAAGGCCCGCAAUCCGGAGCGCACCGACUUUUUUUGGAACAAUCGUUCUGAAAUGAAUGCGGCUUUUUUCGAUUUGUGUGAUGUUGCUAAGCAGGUGAUGUUGAGUCUUCUAGAUAAGGAUAGCGCCACACCUAUGGAGGAGCAAGUUUUCUGGGCUUCUUAUGCCGCGCACCUCAGUUCAGCAUGCAGAGACGAGCUUCAGAUGCCAGAGGAUGCGAUGUCUCUGAAAAAGCUCAAUGUGAAGUUGAAAGACUUUCAGUUUGGUGGGGCGCGCUACUUUAAAAAUAUGCCCAUUGAGGAACAGAUGCGUAGACUCAAGCGGAGAGAGGAGCUUGAAGCAGCACGACGUAAUAAAGGUGUAUCCACUAAAUGUAGAAAUUGGCUCCUGAAUGAUUCAUUUGACUACCAAACCGAGGAUGAGUCCGUGGACUAUGAUAACUUGAAUCAAAUCUCACCUGAACUCAACGCCAAACGUGUCACUCAGGUCUUAGAUAUGUCGUUAAAGACCUCGGACAACAGAAACAUUGUUGAGAUUCUCGUGGUUCUUCCGGCACCUCGGAUCUAUUACGAGAAUGGCAACCAUUCUGUCGAUCACAAAUUCCAUGAAAACUCUGAGUGGUCGCGACUUUUAGCGAACCCUGCUGCGCAAAGAUUAAUGAAACUUUCCGGAAAAGCAAAAAACGUAUUACCUGAGGCUAUUUUAAAUGACAAGCUGCACAUCAUCUACGCAUUUCAAGGGAAUGAACCUGCACAGUCUUUUGAUUUUAUUGUCCUGCAGCACGUGUUGACUACGAUGAAUGAUAAAGUGGCCAAGGAGUAUGUUGCUAGUGUAGUACAAAAAACAAAGGGCUGUCUUUUGUUGGAGGAAACAGACGCAUUCUGUAGGCGUCACUACGUGCUUAAAAGAGAGAUACGGGAAAGAUACCAGUCUGUCGCUAUGGAUUGCUUUCAAAGACUUCAUUACAUUAAAUAUGGUGUUUAUAAAGCGAUUAUUCGCACAAAUCCUGGUAUACAAGAGCUAUUUCACGAUGUCGCUGUUCGAUACAAAAUCCAAGGCUCGCCAUUAAACACAACACUUCUCAUGAUUCCUGGAGGUCAGUAGCUUUUUUAUGUAUCUUUUUUUCGCGAAAUACAUAUUUAUAGAGAAAAAAUAUUCGUAUAUAUUUUUCCCCCCUCACAUAGAUAAACUCUUAGAUAGUUGACAACAUGUACAAUCUAGUUCUUGUGUCAUCUUUGCCUAUUUAUUCACGUGAAUUUGACUUCACUGGGGAUCAUAAAAACGUAUAUGAAAACAUCUCCUUUUCAUAUCUUUAAAGGAGGAAGGUGAGGGAUUCGAGUCGAAGUUAAAUAUCCACAUUAAUUAAUUUAUUUUAUCUGAUAUUUCCAUUUUGUUUAUGAUGUCUUUAGGACGUGUAAAUUCCUGAAACUAGUAGAUCACAAACGACUUGGUAAUAAAGAGAGGAUUGUGUUUUAGUGUAUUGUAUGUGCAACAAAUGUAUUGUGCGGUAACGGCCUAUGUGAAUCUAAUAUAUAAACACAAUAAUGUGAGUUUUUGACACAAAGACUACUGUGAAGUUUUGUGUGCACGUAUAAUUUGGCAGUAAAUUUAUCCAAGAAGGGCACUUUCUGCUGUAGUCCACACUUCAUUCACAUAUUGUUAUCAAAGAUUAUCGUACUGCUAAUUUCGAGAUGUCAAAACUAUAAUUUAGAUUGCAUUUUAUUUAUUUUUCUAACUUUAAUUUGUUUUACUAAGUUCUUCUCUAUUAUUGAAUUAAGUCCUAACAUUCUAUUUUCGAUCCAACAAUUGUUAACGACAUUGACUAAAAAAUCUGUAUAUUCGCGGUAUCAUUUUGCUUCUUAUUUGAUCUACUUCAAUUAAGUACAGUUCAAAACACUCAAAGUUUUUUAUUCUCAAUAAGUUUAAUCCCCUAUUCGUUCCGUUCAGCAUGAAAUUACCCUUUUGUACCCACAGUUUGUUUUUGUUGUUAUAUGCGUAAUGUUUAGAAAAUGUAUUAGUCACUUUAAUCUUAUAUCCCUAAAUCAAGUCGUGGGAAUUGUGCGCUCUAGGCAGACCAAUGAUCCCCUCACCGCAACCAAAAUGUUAAUCGAUGUUCGAUCUACUGCGGAAGUCGCUCAAACCGGCAUGAUACCAACUGCCGUCAACAUUCCGCUUUCAAUCUUGCCUGAUGUCCUAGACUAUGACAGCAAGGAUUUGACCAAUAAUGAUUUUGAAGAAACAUUUGGCGUCAAGAGACCCGUCAAGGGUGGUACAGUCCUCAUUUUUUAUUGUGCACAUGGUGUACGGUCUGCAAAGGCAACUGAGAUAGCAGAGCAACUUGGUUUUACCGGUGCUCUUAAUUUUUCAGGAAGUUGGGCAGAGUGGUCGGGCGCUUUUUGUGGCAAGGGUAAGUAGUAUGAUGCAAGUCGAACAAAAACGAAGAUGCCCCACUUUUGCUGUCCCCUGGAGGAAUAAAAGGGUAUUGUGUUCAUUUUUCAGCAUCUU